AUGGCGUCCGACGAGAUUGUCUGGCAAAUUAUCAACCAGCAAUUUUGUGCCUUUAAGCUCAAGACCCCAAAAGAGCAGAAUUUCUGCCGCAACGAAUACAAUGUGACCGGCCUUUGUAACCGUCAGUCGUGCCCGCUGGCCAACUCUCGAUAUGCCACGGUCCGCCAGCACCCGACCAAGCAGACGCUCUACCUGUACAUGAAGACUGUCGAACGUGCGCACCUGCCGUCCAAGAUGUGGGAGCGCAUCAAGCUUUCCAACAACUACAGCAAAGCUCUAGAGCAGAUUGACGAGCGCCUCAUCUACUGGCCCAAGUUUCUCACGCACAAAUGCAAACAGCGUCUCACUCGCCUGACGCAGGUGCAGAUUCGCAUGCGCCGCAUCGCCGCUGAGGAGGAGCGUCUCGGCGAGAAGCUGGUGCCCAAGCUGGCGCCCAAGAUCAGGCACCGCGAGCGUGCGCGCGAGCGCAAGGCCGAGGCUGCUGCCAAGCUGGAGCGCACCAUUGAGCGCGAGCUGCUCGAGCGUCUACGACAGGGCGCAUACGGCGAGCAGCCACUCAAUGUCAGCGAGGAUAUCUGGAAAAAGGUCCUCAACGCCAUGGAGCGCGAGGGCAACGGUGUUCGCGACGAGGACAUGGACGAGGGCAUUGACUCGGACGAGGAGGAGCUUGACAGCGAACUCGAGGACGGCGAAAAGGCUGUCGAGUAUGUGUCCGACCUGGACGAGAGCGAGGAGGAGCUCAACGAUCUGCAAGACUGGCUCGAGAGCGACGAGGAGGACGAGGAGGAAGAGGAAGAUGACGAAGAUGAGAGCGAUGAAGACGAGACGGAAAAGAAGAGCAACAAGAGAAAGCGUGGCCGCGUUAUCAAGAUGAAGAACAAGCGUCUUCGCCAGGACGAGAAGGAGAAGGAGAAGCUUACUCUCACAAACGACCUCGCCUGGUAG